AUGGCUCACCUAAAACGAUUAGUGAAACUACAUCUUAAAAGACAUUAUCAUAAAAAAUUCUGGAAGCUUGGUGCAGUAGUUUUUUUCUUUAUAAUAUUUUUGAUUUUAAUGCAAAGAGAAGUAAGUGUUCAGUAUUCCAAAGAGGAAUCAAGGAUGGAAAGAAACAUGAAAAACAAAAACAAGAUGUUUGAUUUAAUGAUAGAAGCUGUAAACAAUAUUAAAGAUGCCAUGCCAAAAAUGCAAAUAGGAGCCCCUGUCAGGCAAAACAUUGACGCUGGUGAGAGACCCUGUUUGCAAGGAUAUUAUACAGCAGCCGAAUUGAAACCUGUUCUUGACCGCCCACCUCAGGAUUCUAACGCACCUGGUGCUUCUGGUAAAGCAUUCAAAACAACCAAUUUAAGUGCUGAAGAGCAGAAGGAAAAAGAACGCGGAGAAGCAAAACACUGUUUUAAUGCUUUUGCAAGUGACAGGAUUUCUUUACACCGAGAUCUUGGACCAGACACUCGACCUCCUGAAUGUAUUGAACAAAAAUUUAAGCGCUGUCCUCCCCUGCCUACCACCAGUGUCAUAAUAGUUUUUCAUAAUGAAGCGUGGUCCACGCUGCUUAGAACUGUCUACAGUGUGCUAUAUUCUUCACCUGCCAUACUGCUGAAGGAGAUCAUUUUGGUGGAUGAUGCUAGUGUAGAUGAGUACUUGCAUGAUAAACUAGAGGAAUAUAUAAAACAAUUUUCUAUUGUAAAAAUAGUCAGACAAAAAGAGAGAAAAGGUCUGAUCACUGCAAGGUUGCUAGGAGCAACAGUAGCAACAGCCGAAACGCUCACAUUUUUAGAUGCGCACUGUGAGUGUUUCUAUGGUUGGUUAGAACCUUUGUUGGCCAGAAUAGCUGAGAACUACACUGCUGUCGUGAGCCCAGAUAUUGCAUCCAUAGAUCUGAACACAUUUGAAUUCAACAAACCUUCUCCUUAUGGAAGUAACCAUAACCGUGGGAAUUUUGACUGGAGCCUUUCAUUUGGCUGGGAAACACUUCCUGAUCAUGAGAAACAAAGAAGGAAGGAUGAGACGUAUCCAAUCAAAACACCCACUUUUGCAGGAGGCCUUUUUUCCAUAUCAAAAGACUAUUUUGAAUAUAUUGGAACUUAUGAUGAAGAAAUGGAAAUUUGGGGAGGUGAAAAUAUAGAAAUGUCUUUCAGAGUAUGGCAAUGUGGUGGGCAGUUGGAGAUUAUGCCUUGCUCUGUUGUUGGACAUGUUUUUCGCAGCAAAAGCCCUCAUACCUUCCCAAAAGGCACUCAGGUGAUUGCUCGCAACCAAGUUCGCCUUGCAGAAGUCUGGAUGGAUGAAUACAAGGAAAUAUUUUAUAGGAGAAACACAGAUGCAGCAAAAAUUGUUAAACAAAAAUCAUUUGGUGAUCUUUCAAAAAGAUUUGAAAUAAAGCACCGCCUUCAGUGUAAAAAUUUUACGUGGUAUCUGAAUAAUAUUUAUCCAGAAGUGUAUGUGCCAGACCUUAAUCCUGUUAUAUCUGGAUAUAUUAAAAGUGUUGGUCAGCCUCUAUGUCUGGAUGUUGGAGAGAAUAACCAAGGAGGCAAACCACUGAUUCUGUACACGUGUCAUGGACUUGGGGGAAAUCAGUACUUUGAAUAUUCUGCCCAACGUGAAAUUCGGCAUAACAUCCAAAAGGAAUUGUGUCUUCAUGCUGCACAAGGUGUUGUUCAGCUAAAGGCAUGUGCCUACAAAGGUCACAAAACAGUUGCCACUGGAGAACAGAUAUGGGAGAUCCAGAAGGACCAACUUCUAUAUAAUCCAUUCUUUAAAAUGUGCCUUUCAGCAAGUGGAGAGCAUCCAAGCUUAGUGUCAUGCAAUCCAUCAGACUCACUCCAAAAAUGGAUUUUUAACCAAAAUGAUUAA